AUGCCUCGGCCAGUCAAAACGGCCCUCCAUCAAGCAGUUCUGGAUCAACGGAUUCACCAAGUGCGACUUCUAGUGCGACAAUUUCCUCACUUGUUAAAUAGCCGUGAUAUGUACGGUCAAACCCCCUUAACGGUCGCCUGUAGACUGGAAGAUGAAGAAGUCUGCAACAGAAUAUCGAAGAUUCUUAUUUCGGCGGGGACUGAAGUCGACAUUCAAGAUAACCACCAGCGAUCAGCUUUAAGUUAUGCUGCUCAGAAAGGGAGACCUGUCAUUGUCCGGCGCAUCCUAAAGCGAGAUAUUUUUAUGAACUUGUCCGAAACGGACAAAGAUGGUAAUACGCCACUUCACUUGGCAGCUGAAGCUGGGCAGCCAGACAUCGUGGAUAUCCUAUGUGAACAGCGUUCUCUCCCUUAUUCUCCCUCCUUCUAUCGCCCAAUCUACUUCUAUCGCCCUCUCUUUCUCCGUCUUCUUUUAUUUAUCUUCUAUCCUUUUUCUUCUUUUUUAACUGUCUUUUUCACUGUUAUCUAUUACUCUUUUUUUCUCACAUUUGUGUUCUCUCUCAUCCACUUCUUUCUUUCUUUCUUUCUUUCUUUCUUUCUUUCUUUCUUUCUUUGCAUAGCUUUUUCGUCCUCGCUUUCCUUUUUCUCUCGUCUUUCUCUCUUUUUAUCUAUUUACUUUUUCUCUUUUUCGUCCUCGCUUUCCUUUUUCUCUCGUCUUUCUCUCUUUUUAUCUAUUUACUUUUUCUGUUUUUUCCAUUACUCUUUCUUCCCUAAUUUUUUCUCAAUCCUGUUAUCUCUCCCUUCCACUUUCCCUUUCUUUCUUUCUUUCUUUCUUUCUUUCUUUCUUUCUUUCUUUCUUUCUUUCUUUGCAUUCCUUUUUCGUCCACACUUUCGCUAUUUUUCCUUUUCUCUCUUUCUCUUUUCAUUGUUUUUUUUCUUUACAGUUUUCUUUCAAUCUUUUUCAACCUCUCACUUUUCUUUCGCUCUUCCGUUUUUCCGUUUUUUCUUUCUAAACACGUAG